AUGUCCAAGGUGGUGCGGAGCGUCAAGAACGUCACAAAAGGCUACUCGAGCGUCGAGAUCAAGGUGCGAAAUGCCACCAGCAACGACCCAUGGGGCCCUGUCGGCAGCGACAUGGCCGACAUCGCCCAGAUGACCUUCAACAACUCCCAGGACUUCUACCAGAUCAUGGACAUGCUCGACAAACGGCUGAACGAUAAAGGCAAGAACUGGCGGCACGUGCUCAAGUCGCUCAAGGUCCUGGACUACUGCCUGCACGAGGGCUCCGAACUCGUCGUCACCUGGGCGCGCAAGAACCUCUACAUCAUCAAGACACUGCGCGAGUUCCAGUACGUCGACGAGGAUAGCCGCGACGUGGGCCAGAACAUCCGUGUUUCCGCAAAGGAGCUCACCGCCCUGAUUAUGGAUGAGGAACGACUGCGCGCUGAGAGAGCAGACCGGAAAUCAUGGAAGUCGCGCGUCACUGGCCUUGACGACUACGGCCACAUGGGAGGACAUGGAAGCGACGCAACGCGGCCCCGUCCUCAGAACCGCAAGCCAAGGAACGAAGACGAAGACGUCGAGUACAGGCUGGCGAUUGAGGCAAGCAAGAACGAGAUGGAGGAAGAGCGGAAGAGGCGUGAGCGGGCCAACACCCGCGAAAUGGACGACGACGACCUCGCAAAGGCUAUCAGGCUCAGUAAGGAGGAAGAGGAACUUCGUCGGAGAGAGCUCGAGGAGACCAACGCUUCCAACUUGUUCGACGACACGCCCGCCCAACCUGCGGUUGCUCAACCCACCGGUUGGAACCAAGGAUACCAGCAACAAGGCGCCGUGGAUUGGUUCGGAAACCUCGUCGACCAGCAACAACCGCAGAAUACCGGUUAUCUCAACGCCGCAUAUUCUCAGCCCACCGGCAUGCAGCCCCAACAGACCGGCUUCCAGAACGGCUUCGGAUACGGCGGUUACCAACAACAGCAGCCCACCGGCUUCGACCCGACUUUCGGCCAACAGGGUUACCUCCAGCCCCAGCAGACCGCCUUCAACGUCAACAACCCGUACGGCCAGCAAAUGUCCAACGGCUUCGGAGACAUGUACGGCCAGCAACAACAACAGCCGCUUGAGCAGCAAAACACGCUCCAACCUGGCAGUCACAACCCUUGGGCGCAACAAGCACACACGACCGACUCGAUCGCACCGCAGCCUACCGGUUCCAACAACCCGUUCGCCUCGGCUCUCAACCGGCCCGCAACCGCCCAGCCAACGCGCAGCACCGCUCCCACCCUCGGCUCGCUCGCCGACCAAAAGACCGCACAAAACUUCGGCUCGCCGACCAACGCUUGGAACCCGAUCCGCGACUUCCAGGCGCCGCAGCAGCCGCAGCAGCAGCAACAACAGCAGCCACAGAAGGAAAUGGACCCGCACGCGGCGAGGCUCAAUGCGCUGUUGGCCUCUGGCGAUGGGCAGGAUACCUUCGGCAACGUCGGCAACCUGCGCAUUCCGGCACAGCACACGGCGCCAGGCACGUUCGUCAACAGCGCGGGUGCGGGUCUGGGCCGCAUCAACGCCAACGCCACGGGCAACAACCCCUUCCUGAACAGCCAGUUCACGGGCAUGCCGGCGCAGACGGGCUUCGUGCAGCCACAACAGCAGAACCGCCUGAUGCCCGCGGCGACGGGCCCCGGUGGAUUCGCUGGCGCAGGCUUCGGCGGGUCUUCGAACCCGUUCGGGCAGCAGCAUGCGGGCGGGCAACAGCAGCAGAGCGGAAGCCUGAUCGAUCUGUGA